AUGGGCGACACAUACUGGAGGUCUGAGAUCGAUCAGAUCCUGCCUUGCUCCCAGAUGGCCCAGGUGAUUAUCGCGGUGGUCGGGAGUACUGGUGCUGGCAAGUCCUCUCUCAUCAAUGCCGUUGCCGACGAGGAAAAUAUCAUCGCCACAAGCUCAGAGAUUCAGUUCAUCAAGCGCGACGAAUGGGAGCGAGAACUCCAGAUUCUGAUCGAUGAUCUGAAUGAUAACCGCGAGGAUGUCAUACAAAACAAAGACCCAAAAGAUUCAGAGGCCGCUGUAGCUAUGGAUAAGAUCAAGGCCGUCUAUCCUUGGCUGGAACCCAGCGAGAUUCUAAGUAUUCCGACUAACACACUUCUCGAUCAUCCCAGCGUGUCAGAUCUGCUCGGGAGCCAGCUGGUUAUCGAAGAAAAUAGUGCCCGUGUUUUUUCCCGUAAAGUCAAGUCUUUUCGACAUGAGUCUUUGGCCACUAAUUCGAGUGGUCCGGCUCUUCGUCAAAGCGGCGGCUUUGUCAACAGGGCUAAUCGAGUCCGCGAGGGUCUGCUCGACUUGCACAAAAGCACGGAGAAGAGUCUCCAAGGAAACCUCGACAAGACGAUCCAAGUCGUGACGCGCGACUACCAUGUGGCCAUCAUCGAGCCACAGAUCUGCAAAUUCUUGGACGAACAAAUCCGCGUCAAGGUCAAGAAUGAAGUCACCAACAUAAUUCGGAUUGCCCAGAAAGAGCUGCCACUGAAGCAGUUUCACCAACCGCAGGGCGACCGCCGUCGUGGCCAGUCCGACAUGGGUACCGCAUUGGAGACUACUAGGGAAGUCAAGACGAAGGUGAAGCAUGAAAGGAUAUAA